AUGCCGCGUGAUCAAUUUCUAUCGGAUCAUGAAAAGGGACGCAUCACGGCCCUCCACUUAUUGAAUUGGCCCAUUCGUCGCAUCGCCGUAGAAAUCGGAAGAAGCCGUACGGUUGUCAGCAACUAUAUAGCAAAUCCACGUGACUAUGGAAGAGUUCUCUUUACUGGGCCUCCGACAGCGAAGACUUUAAAGCUUGGAUGCUCAGCUCGCACAGUUGGAAGAGUGCUAGAACGAAGCGGAAACAUUGUUAGAGCUGAAAUGACUCCGUGUCCAAAGCUCACAGUACUUUACAAGCAGCAGCGCCUCGCAUUUGCGGAAGAGAAGCUUAUGCAUCCGCUUGACUGGAACAGGAUUGUUUGGUCGGAUAAGAAGAAAUUCAACUUGGACGGGCCCACGGUUUCUCUUAUUACUGGCAUGAUCUACGCAAGGAGCCUCGUCAUUUCAGCAAGCGUAAUUUCGGCGGAGGCAAUGUAA